AUGUUGAUAGACUGCGCUGGGACACGGCUGCAUCCUGGGCUCGCUGCGCACGGGCGCGAAGGACGUGCGAAGCAUCCCGCGCUGCGCCGCACGGGCAGGCGCCCACAGGCACCACUGGCUGUCGCCGCCGAGGUGGUCUCGGCGACAGCAGGCCCAGUGCAGGGCACGUUGCGGCUCUCUGCGCCGCAAAAAGCAGCGACUCUGCACGAGCCGGCGCAGUUGCGGCACCACGUCGCGAGCAUCCGGCGCGAGGACCGGGAUUACUUGUGGGAGGGCAUCGACGGCCUCACCCGCACGGAGCUCAUCGAGGCGUGCACCAAACGCGCCAUCCGAGUCAGCGGCGUGGACAAGGCGGAGAUGCGCGCGAACCUGCAGAGGUGGCUGGAACUGUCGUCCCACCGCGAGAUUCCGACGUCGGCCCUCCUGUGGGUACAGAGCUUCUACUUGCUCCAGGACGAGCAGUUGGCGGGCGCCGGCGACGUCCGCUCCUCGCUGCAGCUGGACGUGCCCCAGGCCAAGGCCGAGACGGACUCGGCGCAGGAGGAGGCCUCGGCGUUCCAGGACAUGGCCGGCAGGCAGGCCGCCAAGGUGCAGAACCUGCAGCGCAGCCUGGAGGAGCUGGAGGCGGAGAUCCAGAAGGUGGUGGUGGAGGAGGUGGUGGCAGCCGAACAGAACUCCACGGCUAUGCCCCAGGACUCCGCGGGCAUGGACGCCGUGGCCGGCAGCACCUCGGGCAGCGCCGACGCGGCCGCGGAGGACGAGAGCCCCACGGAGGAGCCGCUGUCGGCCGAGCGGAAGCAGCGGGCCAAGGUGCUCCGGCGCCUGCGCGAGCUCGACGAGAAGGUGCACCUCUACAAGGACGUGAUCGGCAAGCAGAAGAGCCUGCUGGACAACCAGCUGCAUUUCCUCAACAGCAUGCGGGAGAACAUCGGCUGCCAGCAGAGGGACCCCGACGUCAUCCUGCUGGACCAGCGGGUGCGGCUGAUGGAGAUGAUCAACUCGUUCGAGACGGACUACGAGGCCAUCGAGGAGGUCCUCAGCGGCGCGAAGCCGUCCGGGAGGGUCGAGCAGCCCUUCCCGCGCGGUGCGCCUGCAGUAGCGGCUUUUGGCGGCACUCCCGCGCAGAGCUCGGGGUCAAGUUGGCACGAGGUUCAGGGGUAA